CGUCAAAGGUGGAAAGUGAGGUUAGAGAGAUUGCAAUGCCGCUUUAAAUAAUCGUCGUUAUAAUUGUUAUUUGUUAUUGAGAAAGGAGUGACUAAAGCAGGAAUAAACUUUAAAUGUCGUUUCUUUGUUUACAGAGCAACACAUGAAGUUAUUCUUUCGUCCAAUUCAUAUCAACAAAAGUGAAAUCAUCUUAUAAAACGACAUUUCUAGUUACGGGUUUCGAAGAAAGAUGACGAAGCUUCGUUUUGAAUUCACAAUACUACCUGGAAGUGACGAAAAAACAAAUGUCUGUUGUAUAACCUCAAUAACCACCGAGGACAACAAGAGUUAUGCAUUACCGGACGGACUACAGUCAGUUGGUCAUCACAAAGAAUUGAUAAAAACAGCGGCAUAUAGUAAAGUAAAGAAUAGUUUAUCAAAAAGGUACCAGACAAGGAGAAUCUGGAUCUCGCUAACCGAGGAACUAGAGCAAAUUUAUAUGGAUGAGGACGGUAAUGUGCAGUUUGCAGACAGAUACCUGGAAGAAUUGAAUCAGGACCAAUGUGCUUCUACCGCACCCACUGCUGCCGGCACAAAAGGGGCCAAUACCUUAGAAAACUUAUUAGCAAAGUUAAUAGAAAGUACACAGGAAAGUAAACAACAGAGCUUGAAGAAUAUUGCGGAUAAGUUUGUGAUCGAGAAGUUUACUAGCAAACAUUCGAAUGCAGCUCAAUGGAUGGACAUUUUUGAAAAGGAAUGUGAGCGUUACCAGAUAUCGGAUGAAAAAAAGAUAGAAGUUCUUAGGCUCUUUAUGGAUAAAAGUUGUGCAGAUUGGUACAGUUCCAUGAUUGUAAAACUGACUAUGAAUGCAGAAUGGUCUGAGUGGAGGAAAAAAUUUUGUGAAUCAUUUGUCAACAAAGGGUGGAGCCCAGUUACAUAUGCAUUACUGUAUAAAUAUAAGGAUGGCUCACUGUUGGAUUAUGCUAUAAAAAAGGAAAAGCUUUUACUCGAUAUGAGGAAGUCAAUUGAUUCUGGUACAUUGGUGGAUCUUAUCGCAGUGGGUUUGCCGGAGUACAUAUUAAACAAAAUUGAUAGAGAAGCGUUGAAGGACACAGUUGAGUUGUUCAAUGAAGUAAGCAAGUAUGAGCAUAUGAUUACCAAAAAAAGCUACAUAUUUAAGAAGAAAUAUGGACCCUCAAGAACAAAUUUCAGGAAUGAGGAACUAAAGCCAUGCAAAAUUUGUGAAGGGUUAAACAAAGGCACCCGCUAUCACGCUGAGACUGCAUGUUGGUUUCGUACAAAAGAAGAUGACAAAGUGAAGAAAAACUUCAUUAAACAUGUUAAUAAUGCAUUGAUAGAAGCAGAGUUAAAUGAAUCAGUUCCAAAAAACGAAUACUAACACCACUGAUAAAGGUCAAAUUACUAAUUAAUGAUAAACAUCUGAUAAAUGCAGUCUAUGACCCAGGCUCAGUUGUUUCCAUUAUAAAUUCUAAGCUCUUAAGCCUAAAAGGGAGAGGAAACGAAUUAAAUGAAGAAAAUUUAGUAACAGUUGGUGGUGUUAAAAAAACUGACGGUUUGACCAACCUAAAAAUAAAAAUCUUUAACAAAGAAGAGAAUGUUGAUAUAUCCAUUGUGGAUGAACAAUAUUUCAAGCAUGAUUUUCUGAUUGGCUUGGACCUAAUAAAAAUAUUCCGAUUAACUCAAGAUGAGAAUUUGGAUAUACAUCAGGUACUGGGUACAAACAUAAAAGAUAAUGAGAAAGUGGAAGUCUCAAAUGAAGAAAUAAAUCAUAACCAAUCAAAAGUUCCUGGGAAUGAUGAGAACACAACAAAAGAAUAUUAUGUCAAUUUUAAUGAGCAUAUAAAGGAGGAGGAUUUUAAGAUAAAAAUUGAUCAUUUGAACAAGGAGCAACAGUCUGAAAUAAAUACAUUGAUCAAUAAAUAUAACUCAGUGUUUGCAAGGCAUAAAUAUGAUGUUGGGACUGUCAAUGGGUAUGAAGCCAGAAUAGACUUGUUGGUGGAUAAAUAUUGCAGCAAGAGGCCAUACAGAUGUACCAUGGAAGAUAAAAAAGAGAUAGAAGAGCAAAUUGGAAAGUUACUAGAUAAUAAGUUAAUAGAGGAAUCCUAUAGUCCAUUUGCUGCACCGGUCACAUUGGCAUUUAAAAGAGAGGAGAAUAAAAAAUCAAGAUUAUGUAUUGACUUUAGGGACUUAAAUAAAAUAGUAGUACCACAAGCUCAGCCCUUCCCACUGAUCGAAGACCUUAUGACGAAGACUAGGAAUUGUAAAUUUUUUUCGACACUUGAUAUCAACUCAGCGUUUUGGUCUAUUCCUUUACGGAUUGAGGACAGAAAGAAAACAGGAUUUGUAACCCAGGAUGGACACUUUCAAUGGACCUGCCUGCCUUUUGGGUUGAAGACCUCGCCAGCAAUCUUCCAAAGAAUUUUAAGCAACAUAUUGAGGAAAUAUAAGCUUACGGACUUUGCAGUUAAUUACAUUGAUGAUAUCCUUAUAUUUUCCAGAACGUUCACCGAACACAUUGAACAUUUAACAAAGUUGCUGGAAGCAAUCAAGACGGAGGGCUUCAGAUUAAAAUUUACGAAGUGCACAUUUGCAUCUGACUUAGUAAAAUAUUUGGGUCAUAUAAUACAAAACAAUUCAGUUAAGCCAUUGAAAGAUAACUUGACCUCAAUAAAGAAUUUCCCUAUUCCUAGAACGCAGAAAAAUAUAAGACAGUUCCUAGGGAAAAUUAACUUUUACCAUGAGUAUAUUCCGAAGAGUGCAAUAAUACUAGACCCAUUGCAUAAUCUAUUAAGAAAGAACCAGAAAUUCAUAUGGACCGCUGAAUGCCAAGAUGCAUUUGAAAAGAUAAAGAAUCUCUUAUGUUCUCAACCAGUUUUGGAAAUAUUCGAUGAAAAUUUGCCGAUACAAAUUUACACAGAUGCUUCAUUAGAAGGCGUCGGUGCAAUUUUAAAACAAAUACAGCCUGAUGGUAAAGAAAAACCCGUAGCCUAUUUUUCAAAGAAAUUAAAUCAAGCUCAGAAGAAGAAAAAAGCAAUAUAUUUAGAAUGUUUAGCCAUCAAGGAAGCGGUACGAUAUUGGCAAUACUGGUUAAUAGGUAAAUCAUUUACAGUAUAUUCAGACCACAAACCACUAGAAAACAUGAAUUUGAAAUCAAGAACCGAUGAGGAACUAGGUGAUUUAAC